GAUCGGGUCAUGGGUUGUACGACCCAGGUGUGGUUGGAAGUAAUGAGAUUCAGAGCCGACAGCGAUUCGGAGAUCACGAAGGGGUUCUGUUCGUGCUUGAUUUGAAGUAGGAGGAGAAGCUGUAGGAGUAGGAGGUAUGUGUAAGUGAUAUGUGUUGAAAAACUCCCGCGGGCAGCGAAGGCAAGGUUGCCGGCCGGCUGCCCGCCGGUGAGAAAACAAAAUACAGGCCUAAAUCUUAUAGCUCUGAUACCAUGUAAGAUAAAUUGAAAGAGAGAGAAAAAUUGUAUGUAUUAUGAUUGAUGUAUUGAUUGUUGUAUGUUUACAAAGAGAUUUACACUCUCUUUAUAGAGAGGAGAAAGCCAACAUUGGGUGCCAAUUGAGGCACCGAAAGCAUAAAGCAAACUAAACAUAAUGAUACCACUAGCAUCACUAACAUAUAAUAUUAACAUAUUUUAACAACUAUAAAAAACUGGCAAUCUCUGUAUCUCUUUUUUCUCUCACCAACUCCUUGAGGAAUCCACCUUGUCUUUUGUCUCCUACUCUAAAUGGCAUUGGCAAGUUGUUUCCUGCUGCAGGCCUCACCAAGCAUUGCCUUCAGAUAUCAAUUUGUGGGACUUCAUUGCUCAUCGGACUCGGCUUGCUUCAGAUCACUCUCUUUUUCCUCUUCCCUCCGCAAUUUCUCCCCCAGAUCUUUGGAGAACAUAAAAUCACUACAGACACACAGGGUGAACACAGUUUUGAGAGUUGCAAGCAGCUUUGAGCAAAUAGAGGUUGAUAUCUCUCUAAGUCCCAGAGUAAAUUCGGUGAAGCCCUCAAAGACGGUGGUUAUAUCUGACCAGGCAACAGCUUUAGUACAAGCUGGUGUGCCUGUUAUCCGAUUAGCAGCUGGAGAACCUGACUUCAAUACCCCAACUGUAAUAGCAGAGGCUGGGAUUGAUGCAAUUCGUGAAGGUUACACAAGGUACACUCCAAAUGCGGGAACGCUAGAGCUCCGAUCAGCUAUUUGUCAAAAGUUGAAGGAGGAGAAUGGGAUCUCUUAUACACCUGAUCAGAUUUUGGUGAGCAAUGGAGCAAAGCAGAGCAGCAUUCAAGCAAUGCUAGCUGUUUGUUCUCCCGGAGAUGAGGUUAUAAUUCCAGCUCCAUUUUAUGUGAGUUACCCAGAAAUGGCAAGGUUGGCUGAUGCAACACCUGUAUUUCUUCCAACUCACAUCUCCAAAAAUUUUCUCUUCGAUCCAAAGCUUCUUGAAUCCAAACUGACUGACAAGUCAAGACUGUUGAUUCUUUGUUCUCCAUGUAACCCAACCGGAUCUGUUUACCCAAGGAAACUGCUUGAAGAAAUUGCUCAAAUUGUGGCAAAGCAUCCUCGGCUUCUUGUGCUGUCUGAUGAAAUAUAUGAACACAUUAUUUAUGCACCAGCGACUCAUACAAGCUUUGCAUCUUUGCCAGGCAUGUGGGAGAGGACUUUGACUGUCAAUGGGUUUUCUAAGACCUUUGCAAUGACUGGUUGGAGACUUGGAUACCUAGCUGGUCCGAAACACUAUGUUGCGGCAUGUGGAAAGAUUCAGAGUCAGUUCACUUCAGGUGCCAGUAGCAUAUCCCAAAAAGCAGGUGUUGCUGCUUUGGGACUGGGCUAUGCUGGUGGGGAAUCAGUUUCUACUAUGGUUAAAGCAUUUCAGGAGCGGCGAGAUUAUUUAGUUAAGAGUUUUGGAGAAUUGGAAGGUGUUAAAAUAUCAAUACCCCAGGGAGCUUUCUAUCUCUUCCUUGAUUUCAGCUCCUACUACGGAGCAGAGGCUGAAGGCUUUGGUAUGAUCAAAGAUUCAGAAUCUCUAUGCCGCUAUUUGCUGAACAAGGCUCAGGUGGCUCUUGUCCCAGGAGAUGCAUUUGGGGAUGACAGCUGCAUUCGCAUCUCGUAUGCAUCAUCUCUUUCCAGCCUAAAGGCUGCAGUGGACCGAAUUAAGAAAGCAUUAAUCACUCUCCGACCUGCUAUUCCUGUUUAACUUAGAGACUAGCUAUCAUAAGUUAUUAUUCUUGUACUCAUUUUCAGAUCCAAAAUGUGUAUUCUGUGGUUAAUUCAUAUUAUAUAAUGAAUAAAGUCCGGGACCUCAUAUUCCAUAACCUAUUUCAAUCAAUCAGCUUGCUAUUGUACUCGUUAUAA